AUGAACAACCUCUAUCUGGUCACUGAGCUUGCCCUAGGUGGUGAGCUCUUUGAUCGCAUCUGCCGGAAAGGAUCUUAUUACGAGUCUGACGCCGCCGAACUGAUUCGGGCGACGCUCUCCGCCGUGGCCUACCUCCAUGACCACGGUAUCGUACACCGUGACUUGAAGCCCGAGAAUCUCCUUUUCCGCACUCCCGAGGACAACGCUGAGCUUCUUAUCGCUGAUUUUGGCCUUUCGCGGAUCAUGGAUGAGGAGCAGUUUCACGUCCUUACCACCACCUGUGGUACUCCUGGCUACAUGGCUCCUGAGAUUUUUAAGAAGACUGGCCACGGGAAGCCCGUAGACAUGUGGGCACUGGGUGUCAUCACCUAUUUCCUUCUCUGCGGCUACACGCCAUUUGACCGCAACUCGGACUUUGAAGAGAUGCAAGCAAUUCUGAAUGCCGAGUACAAGUUUGAGCCUGUGGAGUACUGGUGUGGUGUUUCCGAGCACGCAAAAGACUUUAUCCGCCAGUGUCUAACCAUCGACCCCAACCGCCGCAUGAAUGCCCAGAAUGCCCUUCAGCACCCUUUCGUCGCUGGUGAUGUAAGUAACGGGGCCAGCCAAGAGGGGCAGAAUCUUCUCCCCACCGUCAAGAAGAACUUCAACGCGCGGCGAACCCUGCACGCUGCUAUCGAUACCGUGCGUGCCAUCAACAAGCUCAAGGAUCGUGGUGGAGCGAUGGCUAGCGAUUCUUCGUCGUCUUCGCCCUUGGGAGAGCAUAUCAGCGGAGACAACACCCUGAGAGCCCCGAUUCCCGCGGAUCCUAAUGCCAUGGACCUCUCCGACGGCGGAGGCAGCCGGUCGGCGCCGCAGACGAAUGACAGCGGCUACCGCUCCCAAUCGGGAACAAGUCAGAAGGAUGUGACGAUGGACGGAAUGUACGACGUGCCCUCAAUCCUGCGGCCCGGAUCGAAUGCGAACCGGGUAGUAGAGACGUCUAAUGGCCUCUGGAGCCCUGCCCUUCAGCAACAAUAG